AUGCUUUUCAAAUUCCAGGGCAGCGAAACACUGUCAGUCGACGAGUUUAAUGCAAUGAGACGUGGGAAUAUUGCAACAACGCCCCUCUUUGCGCUGUUUGAAUACGCCUAUGGGUUGAACAUACCAGAAGAAGUCUUUGAGUGUUCAUCAAUCAAAGAGCUGGAGAGAGUUAGCACUGAAGUGACAGUCAUCCAAAAUGACAUCGUUUCCUAUCGGAAGGAGCAGCUCCUUGAUGAGAAUAGCAAUUUAAUCAACAUAUAUCUCCGGGACGGUUUCUCAGUUCAGGCUGCUUUUGACGAAGCUGCAAAGUUACUGGCUAUCUGCUACCGUGACUGGUAUUUGGCACUAGCCGACUUACCCAGUUGGGGCGAAGAUGUCGACGCCCAGGUUCAGACGUAUAUUGAGGGGCUUCAGAAUGUUGUUCUGGCUAAUAUUCACUGGAGUUUCCUAGCAGAACGGUAUUGGAAAUCGAAUGCGGAGAUACAGAGGGAUAGAACGAUUGAAGUGCGACUGACAUGA